AAGAAAGGGAAAGCGUAUUUUCGACUUGGUUCAUCUUCAUAAUAAACUUUCCUCCACCUGGUAUAUCAUCAAUCUCUUACUAUUUAUAUAUAGUAUUAGUUUUGCUCUUGAUAGAUGUUGAGGUCUUAGUUUUUCACUGAAUUACCUGAGAAUAUAGGAGCACGACCACCUUCUCUUGACAUGUAAAGAUGCAGCCAUUGCUGCAAAUGGACCUCUCGCACGCGCAAAGAACGCGGAGCAACAAGAAACGGGCUGACGGCAGCUCCAAGACGAAGCGGGCAGCUGUCGGGAGCAAUGCAGCCUUCGAGCCUAAUGGGGGACCUAAUGUGCGAGGCUUUUUCGCAAAAUGGGAUCGUGGUCUAUCGCAGAUCCGGAAAGACCUUCAUGACGAGGCGUGCUUGAUGGGCCAGGAACGCGAGAAGAUUGGCCGCGACAAAAUCGCUCUUGGAAUGGCACCAAGUGAUGUGCCACCUCAAAUUCUAUUUCAUCUAGACAAUGGGCCAGGUGGUGGGAGUGAAAAUGGCGAACAAAAAGGUGGGGGAAGGGGUUCAGCAGGUGAAUCUUGUUCUCCGGAUAACCGAGCAAAGCGCUUUUCAUCCAAAUAUGCGGCAUAUUAUCCCACGACAUCUUCUACCGGUGCACCCCCACCUCCAGCACAUGGCAGCAAGUUCCCGACGACCGGAGCAGAUGACUCAGAGUACAGCACGACGACGUCACCGAGACCACGACGGAAAAGCGUCAAUAGUUACAACUACGACGAGCAGACUCCAACUCGCAAGCCGCCUAAUGUCGGAACUUCAUCAGGAGGAGCCACUGCUUCUAAUUUUUAUCGACAUGCUACUUCGACGUCUGCAAAUCGAGGACAGCAUAAAACCACAGGCAGUAAAAGCACUGCGAACAAUAAGGCGAGAAGUUCUCCGGCAAAUAGAAAUACUGGUACCAGUGGCGCUAGUACUAGAAAGACUAGGCGAGGACCAGCAGCGCGAAUGUACGAUUUCGAUCACGAUUUCCCUGACGGAAUCGGUGACACCAUUGGCGAUGACGAUGAUUUUGGCCUCUUCUACGACGACAAUCCGUAUCUCGGAGGCCCCGAUCUGGCAUCGGCAGCCGAAUAUCGCAGUAUGUGGCGUGAACAUGAUGACGAUUUUCGUAAGUUCCAGGAACAAGCGCCUGCGCCGGCUGAGCCCGAUAUUCAAGAUGGGGAGAGGCCGAACAAUGUUGUAGCGUCGUCACCACCUCCAGAAUCGUCCUCCACAAAACUUUCCGCUCUUCGAUACGAGGACGUACUUCAAUUUGAUACUACGACUAGAACUACUCGAAAACAUACUCGAUUGAUUGAAUCCUACCAUCUGCCUUACAUUUCAUAAUUUUCGCAAACAUGAACAUGUUAUGUCGAGGAUCUUGCUGAAUUGUAAUCGCAAACAUCCUGUUCCCCAUGCAUUUUAAGAUAUCAUCGACAGAUUCCGUGGCCUCCGGUGGCGAGUGAUAUAUUGGAGUUUUGUGAAAGCAUCUGGUCUCCAGGGCACCCAAAGCAGGCAUAUCGGAUUGCAUGCCGUCGCUGGCACCCAGACAAAUUUUUGGCACUUUACGGUCACCGUAUCGAGUCUCCUGUCGAACGCGAGAAAAUUCAGAGCAAACUAACUGAAGUCUUUCAACAGAUUCAACAAGCGCACGAAAAGAGAAGUCGCCAUAUUGCAACUCGUGUCCGCGGGUCAUGAAUCUUACUUUCAUUCAAUGUAUAUAGUCGAGAUAGAUUUUGAUUUUAUUUUUUAAUAUUCUUGAUUCACUUUCACAUCAUCAUCAUUGAUAAUGAUAUUGCAACAUUUUAUGAUUACUUCUAACCAAGAUUAUUGUCGCUGUAGUGGAGAGAACAAAAUCUGAUCAAACAUUAAAAGACGGAGUACUCGGAAUAGAAAUGCACACUUUGCAAAACCACUAUCAUAAAAAUGAUUUCGAAUGUCGUGUUUGUUCCGAUGGUGACAGCGACGCCGUGGGGCACGUGCGAGCGAUUUUCACCCAAGUAGACACAUAUCACCUAACUUGUCCUUGUUUACGUUUUGCAAAGACUUUGCACAGGUUUUUGCCCCAACAGGCUUUUAACGUACCGACGAGACGCCCCCGCGAUUCUCACCCCGCGCAAGAAGUGCUCCUCUUCACCUUCUUGUUUUAUCUCCACAAGCAGCGAUAACGCACCAGAUGCAACUCCUGCUUGAAAAAGAAAUUGAACAUCAAUAAAAAUGACGGCACAUCUUUUUUACCGUUUCUUGCAGCAAGCGUUUUCAGAUGGUUCUUUGUGGGAAGUGGACAUGUUGUUUCGUG